AUGGCCAUCUGUGAUGCAAACUACUGCUUCACAGUUAUAGAUGUUGGAUCAUUUGAGAAGGAGAGUGAUUGUAAUAUUUUUAAAAAAUCAGCAUUCGGUAAAAAGUUAUAUGGUAAUAAAACUAAUUUUCCACAACCUCAAUGUUUGCCAGGAGAUGAAAGAGGUACUUCACAACCCUUUGUCCUAAUUGGUGACGAAACGUUUGCUUUACACGCUAACCUUUUACGUCCUUUCCCUGGAAGAAGUUUAAACGAUAAAAGGCGUAUAUUUAAUUACCGUCUUUCCAGAGCAAGGCAAAAUAUUGAAUGUACGUUCGGUAUUUUAUCAAACAAAUGGAGGGUAUUCCACACCGCGCUAUUGGUAGAACCAGAUUUCGCUGUAGUAAUAACUAAAGCUUGUUGUGUUUUACACAAUUUUAUUAGGCGUAGAGAUGGAUAUAACACCGAAGAUACUCAAAAUUGUGAAAUGGAAGAUGCAAUAGAAAAAAUUGGAGGGCAACUCAACCUCAGUGGCAAAAGAAAUAAGAGAUUAUUUUGUCGACUAUUUUAA